AUGUCCAUCACGCGAUGGCCGUUUGUUCUGCUCGCUCUCAUUGGACCAGUGAGUUCACAGGUCGAUCCAGCCACGUGCAGGUAUCCUUUGGGAAUGACCGGAGGCAAGAUUCAGGAUAAAGACAUCUCCGCUUCCAGUCAGUGGUCAGAGUCGACUGCAGCUAGAUACGGCAGAUUGGACUUCGAUGACGGCGAUGGAGCGUGGUGCCCGGAGACCAACGGCGCCAAGAGACAAAUGGAGUUCCUUCAGAUCGACCUUCGCACCCUGCACUUCAUCACCCUGGUGGGGACGCAGGGGCGCCACGCGGAUGGGGCGGGCAAUGAGUUCGCCCAGCGCUACAUGAUCAAGUACAGCCGCGACAGCGCCCGCUGGGUCUCCUGGCGGGACUCAAGUGGCAGUCGGGUUAUCGAGGGGAACAAGAACACCUACGAUGUUGUCCUGAAGGACCUGGAGCCGCCCAUCAUCGCCCGCUUCGUGCGCUUCCUGCCCGUCACCGAUAACUCCAUGAAUGUGUGUAUGAGGGUGGAGCUUUAUGGCUGCGAAUGGCUAGACGGCCUGGUGUCCUACAGCGCCCCCGCUGGCCAGGUGAUGCUCUUCCACGGACAGCACGUCUACCUUAACGACAGCGUCUACGAUGGAGCCCUGAGUUCCAGCAUGACAGAUGGUCUCGGUCAGCUGACCGACGGGAGUUGGGGGCUGGACGAUUUCACUAGGAGCCACGUUUACGGCGUCUGGCCUGGGUACGACUACGUGGGCUGGAACAACGCCAGCUUCUCCGGCGGCCACGUGGAGAUGACGUUCCAGUUUGACCGUAUACGAAAUUUCACAUCAAUGAAGGUUCACUGUAACAACAUGUUCUCACUGAGGUCCAGAAUAUUCCGGAACGUCGUCUGCCACUUCCGCUCCGGAAGCACUUCCGAGUCGGACUGGGAAGCCGAGCCUGUUUCUUUCAGCCCUAAAGAGGACGGCGUGAACCCCGGGGCUCGAUUCGUCACCGUGGAUUUGGGAAAUCACAUGGCGAGUGCCAUCAAGUGCCAGUUUUCCUUCGGUGAUGCUUGGAUGAUGUUCAGCGAGAUUGCUUUCCAGUCAGAUGCUACAGGGUACAACACGUCCCAAAUUCCACGGACACGCAGACCACCUACAAGCAUUCACCCAGGACUUGAUCCCUUUCAUAAAAUCGACGACAGCAACACGCGCAUCCUCAUUGGCUGCCUGGUGGCCAUCAUCGCCAUCCUGCUGACCAUCAUUAUCAUCAUUCUGUGGAGACAGGUCUGGCAGAAGAUGGUAGCAAAGGUCUCACGUCGCGCGAUGGAAGACGAACUGAUAUCACAUCUUUCGGGACACAGAGACGCUUUCUGUCAUCAUCAGUCGUCACUCUCUAGUGAUGCUGAAUCCACCAGCACGUAUGAGAGAGUCUUCCCACUCGGAUCCGACUAUCAGGAGCCCUCCAGAUUACGGAAAUCUCCGGAAUUUCAGGCCACGGAAAAUCUCGCAGUGUUGACUGAAUCCACAGAUCGGCUCCCAUCCGACACCGAAGGCGACACCUCUCACCGCACGGAGCAGCAGAACGUCUGGAGCAGCCAUUGUUACUCCAUCACGGCGAUCAGCGUGCCUCUCGGACGGGACGGGGCUCUGGAGGAAUUCCCCAGAGAGAAGCUUACGUUCAAAGAGAAGCUGGGUGAAGGCCAGUUCGGAGAGGUUCAUCUAUGCGAGGCGAAAGGACUGAAGGAUUUUUUGAAGGAGGAUGGAAGCGAUAUUGGAGACGAGCCCAUCCUGGUAGCUGUCAAAACCCUCCGUGAGGACGCCAGCAAGAACGCACGAAACGACUUUCUGAAGGAGAUCAGGAUCAUCUCGAGGCUGCGGGACCCCAACAUCAUCCGCCUGCUGGCCGUGUGUGUGGAGAGCGACCCGUUGUGUAUGAUCACCGAGUACAUGGAGAACGGAGACCUCAACCAGUUCCUUUCUCGCCAUAAACUCAGGGAUUCAGGAGGGGACCAAGAACUCGCAGCUACCAUCAGCUACGGCGUGCUGAUGGACUUGGCCGCGCAGAUCGCCUCUGGAAUGAAGUACCUGUCAUCUCUUCACUUCGUGCACCGAGAUCUGGCCACCCGGAACUGCUUGGUGGGGACGAACUACACCAUCAAGAUAGCCGAUUUUGGCAUGAGCCGGAACCUGUACCGUGGAGAUUACUACCUCAUUCAGGGCCGGGCCGUGCUCCCCAUCCGCUGGAUGUCCUGGGAGAGCGUCCUACUGGGUAAAUUCACCAUGGCGAGUGACGUGUGGGCAUUUGGCGUAACGCUUUGGGAAACGUUGACUCUGUGUAAAGAGCAGCCGUACUGCCAACUCUCUGACGACCAGGUGAUCGAGAACAUGGGCGAGUUCUUCCGAGACCAGAACAAGCAGGUCUACCUUCCCAAGCCUGCGUGUUGCUCUGAUCAGAUCUACAGCCUCAUGCACAGCUGCUGGAAGAGGAACGCCAAGGAACGACCGACGUUCCAACAUAUCCAUGCUGAUCUCCUGGAGCACCGAGCUGAGAUAAAUACUGAAUGA